AUGGGCAACCUGGUUUCGCCUUCGAUGAGAAGGUUAAAGCGUGCUUUGCACGCCUUUUUGUCAAACGGCGAGCCUCCGCAAGGCACUGACCAUUCAGCACCCAAAACCGACCCGCCAUCAUCCAACAUCGAAAAUACGACAGUGCAGCGCGUCUUUCCAUCGCAAACUGCAGUACCAGCACCACCACCCAUCCAAUCGUCAAUCGUUUCGCCGAUCUCAGUCGCAUUUCCUCAGCAGCAUCCCAUUCCGUUUGCGAUCCAUCCUCCCAGUUUUUCUCUGCCAUACUACGGGCCCCCACACCCAUUCAUUGCGCAACCCGCCAUUCCACCUAUGGCAAUUCUGCCGAACACGAUGCAUUCGGUCCCAGGUGGAGGAUACACCGUAACAACGAGCCAGAAUCCCAUGAUAUACCCCACCACUGGUGCAUUACAUCCGCAGCAGAUGGUCCCUUCGCUUAACGCGAAUCUUCCUGCUGUUCAGGCGAACAUGGACUCGCCUGAAGCCCAACAGCCUGCUACAGCUGUUCCAAAUCCUCCCCGGUCGCUUGAACAGCCUUCAGCGCCAUCUGGGCCCGCCGAAACUACCCAAAACCAACCCGCUGUUGUUAAUCCAACGGCCGAUGAUCAGUUCAACGCCUCGACCGAUUCAGAUGGUCUUGAUUGGCCAAAUGGCGACGUGCAGAGGAUGUAUCCUGACGGGGAACAGCCACCUGGGUGGUCGGGUUCGAAGUGGGUAUGGCGGAAUCGAGGAGACCGAAAGCAUCGCGGGGUUACGGCAUCUAUGAGCGAGUGCCUGGGCUAUCUCGUCUGCUCUAAUGCGCGUUGUUCCAUUCCCGUGCGACCAGCAACACAGAUUGGAAGCCAGGACCGACAGUUCGAAAAGGGUUGUGACUACUGUAAAGCCAACCUCAACCAGAUUAAAUGCAGCGCCAAAACCUAUCGAUACAAGACUGUACGAGGCGACACUGUCUUCCAUCACUGGGACCAUGUUGGCCAACACAACCAUCCCCGCCCACCAGCCGGUUCAAUACUGACGCCUCGCGAAAAGCAAGCAGUCGAUGCCCAGGUCCUCCGGCGACCAGACGCCAAACCACUCCAACUUCGAGCGGGAGACCUUGGUCCAGGUUCACAGCCAUUGGGAUCGAUUCAUCCACGGCUCGAAAACGCGCGGGCAGCCCAGUAUCACCAAAAGCAGAGCAAGGAAAGGCUAGGACUUACCUCAUCCGGUUCUCGUGGAGACACCUCGCUCAUCAAGUCACUGUAUGGUCUAAACGAGGAGCUCGGGGAGGUGUUUCUCAUCGACUCAAGCCUUCACAACCAAGCUUAUUUGGUCUUCAAAACGAAAUGGAUGGACGAGGUGCUUCAAGACUCAGUUGACGAGUGGGGGAGUUUGGAUCCCAUCAUGGAGGAACGACACGGGUUUGUGACGGAUGGGAACCAUUCCUACUUCAAGGAGGGUAUCUUGUUGACGAGCAGUGCUUUCAACUCUCUUCUGCGCGAAUGGGUUCCUGUUGUUUACACCUGGAUUCUUGGAGAAGAUAUUGAACAUCAUCGCCCUCAUUUUCGACACCUAUUCAAGCCAAUAAUAGGGAAGGUGAAACGAGAUGGGAUACCGUUCAGGUCAAAAUAUCUCCUGAAUGUUUUCGAUUUCUCUGCCGCCCAACGGAGCGCACAUGCGGAGGAGUAUGCCAGAGCAGUUAUCACCACGAUUCCUGGGUUCGAAGGUGAACGGAUCGCCCCAAACGCGAUUGAAGCGCAACUAUCAGCCCUUCGAGAUGAAGCGCAAGGUGUAGAGGUCGGAUGUCAGUUUCACUUCCUCACCCAAGCACAGAGGGUCAAAGGAACGGCAUCCUACGUAUUGCCGGAACGAAAGGACGACUUUGAGUCCAUUAUCCGCAAAAUGAUUUCGCCGAACACCACCGAGAGCCAGUUCAACGAUCUGACUAUGCGAUUCUCGACCGAGUUCCCUGGCGCCCGGGGGUGGCUCAAUUGGUGGCUCCAGCCCAAUAUCAUCGGAAUGGCCUUUCCAGCAAAGAGCCAUAUCGAUCCAGCUGUCGCUUCAACAGUUCCCAAAACUUCGAGCGUUGGGGAGGGGCUUCACUCCCAUCUCAAUUCUGCAAUGGGUACAAACAACGAGCUGUUGGAAGGUAUCCGGAAGCUACACCUGUAUGUUGGCAUGAUAGAGCGAAAGUAUGCUUCGGUGAAAGCUGGAUACAACACCCCUGCAGGGCCCCGAGAGAAUCGCCCACCCAAACGAGCUGUUUUCUUCGAGAACGACGGUCGUGCUCCUGAUACUCUCGAGGCCUUAGAGGCCUUGAACUCUACAAGCGAUCUCUCUAACAAGGCCCUCUUCCUUCACGCGUACAAGUGGCAGGAACCGAACUCGUGCUUCUUUGACAAUGGUCUGGAGGUGUGGUUCCGUGCGUGGUGCGCUUGGAAGGAGGAUGAUAGAGCUCAACUCCGCACCCUUCUCCCAACUGGAAGCUACCUUGCGUCACUCGUCAGUCACUAUGAUCGCCGGCUUCGUCUCAUUGCUACCACCCCAAAGGUUACGAAGAAGGUUCAAUCAACGAUGAAGACAAUGUUUGAGACUACUCAAGCUAUUCUACGAUGCAAAAUCUUCGACAAAUGGAUGCCUGAACUUGAUAAAACAGGCCACCACCCAGCGGCUAUCUGGCUUGACGCAGCAGUCAAGGAUGGAGAGACAUGCCGCGAAGCUCACAGCUACUUUGGAGUCGACUAUCGCAUUCAGUUCGCUUGCAAAUCCGGCCACAACCUGGAGUACUACGCUUUCAUGGAUUCUCCAAACGCUGUCACAGACCUUCGAAUUGAUUAUAUCGACACUUUGUACGAGGAACACGGGGAGCUUGUGGGUCUAGGGGACUAUUUCUCGAAGCUGGUUCUCUUCGACAGCGGGAAUCAGCUCAUCACCAAACUUGAAUCUCGCUCUCUGUGCUCCUUGGGUGGAUGUACUCAUGAGUCGGCCCCAAAAACGGUCACCGCAUAUUGGCCACGCACUCUGACACUCCGUUCUGACUACACCAAUGGGACGACUCCAUCGCACGUGAAGUUUACCAAUAACUUUGUUGUCGAUUCGGACACAAACUCAUCAUCGGUUGAGUACCGGAUCAUCGGACGCGUUCUCAAGGCGAAGAACAAGGAGCAUUUCAUCUCGCAGUUCAACCUCAAAUCCGCUUGUUACAGCUACAACGACGUCAAUGGAACACUAAAGAAAGCAAAAACUAUGACCCUUCUCGACUCUCGCAGCCCCAACGAGGCUUACUAUGUCUAUUGCCUCGCUUCAUCGAACUCCAAGACCAUUCACUCCGUUGAUAGAAUGAAAGAACUAUACAAGAAAUUCGACCUUAGAAACCCGACGGGGCGUAAAGAUAACCCCUUGGAAGUUGAAUCGGACACGGAUUCCAACUUGGGUGAAAGCCGUUCCACGAAGCGAUCCGAAGCACUCCCGAAAAAGCCCCAAACUCGACCUCCAAUGGACAAUCUGGAUUCGGACGACGACCUGGAUGGAGAUUUCGACAUCAGGUCUUUGUUCGACUUCGAUGAACCAGUUCCCCACAGUGAUCCUUCUGGCUCUGAAUUUACGCCAGAUGGCGAGCCCGGGAACCAAGAUACAGGCCAAGUUACGACGAUUAAAACUCGGUCAUCCGCAGAAACAAGCAAAUCCGCAAGCAAGCGUCUCUUUAACGCUUCCACAGCCAUCCAAAAAUCGGGUGGAACGACUACCAACACUCCAAAAGCUGUGUUCCCAUCGUGCUCGACGUGUACUGUGACUGGACCAGCUGCAAAAAAUAUGGUUCAAUGCAUUAUCUGCACGUUGAAGUACCACUAUGCCUGUGUCAAGGAAAGUCUUCCACCAGACUUCGACGUCUUUCCACACUUGAAGGAGGAAUGGUGCUGCCCCAGGUGCAUCAACGAGGGACUUUGGGAUAAUGUCAUGACAGGCACGUUCAUUCUGGUCAACAUGAACCAACUAUCUACCCUGCACGGGGAACGGAUGGCGCUGCGAUAUCCUGCGAAGAUCAUAUCAAGGGAGGGGAGUAUGGUGACUCUGCGAUGGCAUGAGUUCAAUUGCUGGGGCCCGAAGGCUCGAGUAAUGGAGCCCACAUUCACCCUCACAAUUCACGAGUGUCUCAAGAUACGAAACCUGCAAUACUCCAAAGAAGACAAGGCUUCCUUUGGAGCCAUUGAAUGGCCACUCGAGCUCGUUUCCGACUUCAUGACGGGUGAACAGCUGGCCUCCAUUGACAAACACAACCUCGUCGCUGCGAUUCAAGAUGCUCUCCCAUCAGCAGUUCACUUUGUCAAAGGUACACGCCUGCACCCUAUUCGGAAGCUCAUAGAAAAGCAUCUGAACAGAAGGUCGAGUUCAUUGGGAUGGAAAGAACGAAAGGAAUACCUCAUUUCGUUCUCCAGUUAUUUCUCCGUUCCCAUUUUCCCUGGACACCGAUUGCUUUUGGUCGAGGAGAUGAAGGACAUACAGUUUGGGGAGGGAGACGAAGGCGAGAUACAGAUGGUGGCUGUUACGGUCCUCCUCGAGCUCGUCAUUAUCAGGCAAUACCUCAAGAUGUCUCCAGAACAGGAUGGGGCAAUCUACGAGCUUAGCCGAAUCUUGACGCAGGAGGAAUACGACUUCACCACCGAGCAAGAUGUCGCCUUACGAGGCCGCCUCUUCCGAAACCUGACCGACCAUGAAAAGGCGUUCAACUGUGUGGAUUCUUCGAUGGUCCCUUUGAAUGCCGUUGCCCGGGACUCGAAGGAAUCUACAAGUAGUGCCCUCUUCACCGGAUUGCACCUCACUCGCCGCCUCCCUUCUAGUCCAUCUCAAAACAUCGCAAUUGGUGACCCUGCUGAUCUCAUACAGAUCUUCACUGAAGACGGAAACCCAUACAUCUUUGGGACCUGUGUUCCGGAGGACCACUUCUCUAUGAUGCUCACCCAAGGCACCGGGGUCACUCCUACUAUAACCACAGUUCCAGGUAGCCCUGCUGAAGCCGUUAUGGACGUUUCGCCCAAACUAGCCGCCACUUCCCUUCCAGAAACUACUCCGCCUAUCAAUGAAUUCCGGAUCAUCGAAUGCGCCAACCAGCCUCUGAAGUACACCCCCUCCCCUCCACCAUUGGCUCUCACCACCACCACCACGGGCGAUGUAGAGGCUUCCGAAGACAUCAAGACGACUCCAACUAUCGACCUCGCCAACAAGAAGCCUAGAUUUGCCCCAAGGCCCGUCAACAAGCACGCAUUAUUGAAGCAGACAACACUCACCAAUGUGGGCUUCCGUCGCCGCUCUGAAAGGCAGGCUGCUAUUGCGGCUAGCGCAGAGCCUUCUACUGGCGAAAAGAGGCCCAGUAGUGGCACUAAAGAUAGUAUUAAGCGCCAUAGUAAGCGCGCUCGAAAAUAA